CAAACCUCCCUUUUCAGGAUUUUCCGAGAGGCGAACUUCUCCAAAUGUUACCGCUACGGGAUCGGAGUUAGACUUGACACGGACGGACUCAGACUCUUAGGCUUUCCAACUACUACUACUACUACUACUACUACUAUUACUAUUACUACUAUUACUACUAUUACUACUACAGCUCCUCUCUGAGACGCAGUUUCACCAACUCUCGGGACGAAUGAAGACUGAAGGAUCUAUACGGAUUUCGGCGCAUAAUGUCGGGAUGGAGUUUCGAGACUUGUUUGGCUCCGUGGAAGAGUAGAAAAGCGAAUUUGUCGCCGGUGGUGCUGGAUGCGCUCCACGUCUAUGUCGGAUUACUGCCUUUCCUGAACGUCGAGCAUCGAUUCCCCUUCGCAGCGCUCCGCGCCCCGAUCACUCUCUUUGGACUAUGGCCUCGGAUCGCGGGGUCCCAGGGUCCGGUGUCUUUGGAGAUUUACCCCCGAGUUAUACGCGCUCUCAGCCGUCUGCGCACGCAGACCUGCAGCGGAGACCCAGCUACUGCCAUGCCGCUUUCGCACUUAAGCAGAUCUCAAAGGGAAAGGCAGUAGGUCAGAAAGCUCCUCUGUGGAUCCGGGCGAGGUUCCAGGCCAUCCUGUUCUCUCUGGGCUGCCACAUCCAGAGGCACUGCGGGAAGGUGCUCUUUAUUGGACUCUUGGUGUUCGGGGCUCUGUCUGUGGGGCUCCGGGUGGCAGCCAUCGAAACCAACAUCGAGCAGCUCUGGGUGGAAGCUGGCAGUCGGGUGAGCACAGAGCUUCGCUACACCAGGGAGAAGCAGGGAGAGGAGUCGAUGUUUACCUCGCAGAUGCUCAUCCAGACACCCAAAGAAGAGGGCACGAAUAUCUUGACGCAGGAGGCAUUGCUGGUUCACAUGGAGGCCGCACUGUCGGCCAGUAAGGUGCAGGUGUCGCUGUUUGGGAAAUCGUGGGAUCUCAAUAAAAUAUGCUACAAAUCAGGAGUUCCUAUUAUAGAAAAUGUCAUGAUUGAAAGAAUGAUUGACAAGCUAUUUCCAUGUAUGAUAAUCACUCCAUUGGACUGUUUCUGGGAAGGGGCCAAACUACAAGGAGGUUCUGCCUACUUACCGGGCAUGCCAGAUAUCCAGUGGAUGAAUUUAGAUCCUGUCAAGCUGAUGGAGGAACUGGGCCAGUACACAUCCCUGGAAGGUUUUAAAGAGAUGCUGGACAAAGCCCAGGUGGGACAUGCCUAUAUGGACAGGCUGUGCCUCAACCCAUCAGACCCAGACUGCCCUCUCAGUGCCCCCAAUAAGGAACAGGAAGAGACUCCAGACAUUGCCGGGCGUCUUCAGGGUGGAUGCCACGGCUUCAGUCAGAAGUUCAUGCACUGGCAGGAGGAGCUCAUCCUGGGAGGGCGUGUCAAAAGCAGUCAGGAUGCCCUACUAAGUGCGGAGGCUCUCCAAUCCAUGUUCCUGUUGAUGAGUCCCAAGCAGCUCUAUGAACACUUCAAGGACGACUAUGAGAUCCACGACAUCAACUGGAAUGAGGAAAAGGCCACCGCCAUCCUCGAGUCCUGGCAGAGGAAGUUUGUGGAGGUCGUCCACCAGAGUAUUCCUGGUAAUUCCAGUCAGUCUAUCCAUGCCUUCUCCACAACCACCCUCAACGACAUCAUGAAGUCAUUCUCUGACGUCAGUGUCAUCAGAGUCGCUGGAGGAUACUUGCUCAUGUUGGCCUACGCCUGUGUGACGAUGCUGAGGUGGGACUGUGCCAGGUCGCAGGGGGCUGUUGGACUGGCGGGGGUGCUGCUGGUAGCCCUGUCGGUGGCAGCAGGACUGGGACUCUGCUCUCUAAUUGGCCUCUCUUUCAACGCUGCUACUACACAGGUGCUUCCCUUCCUGGCACUGGGGAUCGGUGUAGAUGACAUGUUUCUGUUGGCCCACUCCUUCACGGAGGCAGGAAGUAAUAUCCCCUUUAAGGAGCGGACAGGAGACUGCUUGCGUCGCACCGGCACAAGUGUGGCUCUGACUUCCAUAAACAACAUGAUUGCGUUCUUCAUGGCUGCCCUGGUGCCCAUCCCAGCCUUGCGGGCAUUCUCUCUGCAGGCGGCCAUCGUGGUGGUGUUUAAUUUUGCCAUGGUGCUGCUCAUCUUCCCUGCCAUCCUCAGCUUGGACCUCCACCGGCGCGAGGACAAACGCUUGGACAUCCUCUGCUGCCUGUACAGCCCGUGCGCUGAUCGCAUCAUUCACCUCUCGCCGCAUGAGCUGUCAGAAGCCGGCGAGCAGUCUCAAGCGCCCGGUUCAGGGACAGCUCAUGCGCACCAGUAUGCCGCAGGACCGACAAUCACCACCAGCACCCAGAUCACCACAACAGUGCAAGCGUUUACGCAGUGCGACGCAGCAGGCCAGCAUAUCGUCACAAUUCUGCCACCAACUUCACAGAUCUCCACAAGCUCUCCCUCCAUCAUUGUCUGCCCCACCACACAGACUCAGGCUGCUUCACCUUCCCCAACUACCACCUCUGUGCCAGACCACUACGGCUCCCAGCUCUUCACCCCGACCUCCAGCUCCACGCGGGACCUCCUAGCCCAGGUGGAAGACUCCAAAUCGGGGAAGGAGUGCGUUCCGCUUCCCUUCCUUCACUGGAACCUGUCCAAGUUCGCCCGGGAAAAGUACGCCCCCCUGCUCCUGAAGCCCAAGAGCAAAGUGGCAGUGGUGGUUUUCUUCCUGGGACUUCUUAGCCUUGGGCUGUACGGGACCACCAUGGUGCACGACGGCCUCUACCUGACUGACAUCGUGCCCCGUGACACCAAGGAGUAUGACUUCAUCGAUGCACAGUUCAAGUACUUCUCCUUCUACAACAUGUACUUAGUGACGAUGGAUGGGUUCGACUACGCCCGAUCUCAGAGGCUGCUGAUUCAGCUGCACAACGCCUUCAACUCUGUCAAAUACGUAGUCCGAGACGGCGACAACAAGCUGCCCCGUAUGUGGCUGCACUACUUCCAGGACUGGCUGAACGGUCUCCAGGCUGCUUUUGAUGCUGACUGGCAGGCAGGCCGGAUUACAGCUGACAGCUACAGGAACGGCACCGAAGAUGGAGCUCUGGCGUACAAGCUGCUCAUCCAGACAGGCUCCAAGAAAGAGCCUUUCAACCUCAGCCAGCUGACUUCUCGCCGGCUGGUGGACGGCGAGGGUUUGAUCCCCCCGGAGGUGUUUUACAUUUACCUGACCGUGUGGGUCAGUAAUGAUCCCCUGGGCUAUGCCGCAUCCCAGGCCAACUUCUAUCCCCACCCCAGAGAGUGGAUUCAUGACAAGUAUGACACCACAGGAGAAAAUCUGCGCAUCCCCUCAGCGGAACCCCUGGAGUUUGCUCAGUUUCCCUUCUACCUGAACGGCCUUCGGCAGGCUAGUGACUUCGUGGAGGCCAUCGAGAGCGUGCGUGCCAUUUGUGAUGAGUUCAGCCGCAAGGGCGUGCUCAACUACCCUAACGGUUACCCCUUCCUGUUCUGGGAACAGUACAUCGGCCUCCGUCACUGGUUCCUGCUGUCAAUUAGCGUUGUGCUGGCCUGUACCUUCCUGGUAUGCGCCAUUCUCCUGCUCAACCCCUGGACGGCUGGCAUCAUUGUGUUUGUCUUGGCCAUGAUGACGGUGGAGUUGUUUGGCAUCAUGGGCCUGAUUGGCAUCAAGCUCAGUGCCAUUCCUGUGGUCAUCCUGAUCGCAUCGGUGGGCAUCGGCGUGGAGUUCACGGUUCACAUUGCCCUAGGCUUCCUGACAGCGAUUGGCGACAAAAACAAGCGUGCAGCGGAGGCACUGGAACACAUGUUCGCCCCAGUGCUUGACGGUGCAAUCUCCACGUUGCUGGGUGUUCUCAUGCUGGCGGGUUCAGAGUUUGACUUCAUCAUGAGGUAUUUUUUUGCCGUCCUCGCCAUUCUGACUGUUUUGGGGAUGCUGAAUGGCUUAGUUCUCCUCCCAGUCCUCCUCUCCAUGCUCGGCCCUCCAGCGGAAGUCACCCCAGUUGACAAUGCCAGCUGCCCGCCGACACCUUCUCCUGAGCCUCCGUUGCCUCCUCCAAUGGCCCACCACGGAUACUUCACAGCCCACAACCAUCCACGCUCACCACGGCAGCAAGCGUUCUCUGAGUCGUCAGAUUCUGAAUACUACUCCGAGGUGACGACGACCUCUGGGAUCGGGGAGGAGGACUAUAAGUACUGUGACAGGAGCGCGUACCAAGCGUCACACACGACAGCUCCUUCCACAACGUCUCACAUACUGGUGGAAGCCAGCAAGAACCCAAGCUUCCCCAAACUAACGGUGCUGAAGCCCUUUAGGGAAAACGCAGUCGGUGGGAGGGUUGAACCGUUACGUGAAUCCAACCACAAUCUGCAACCGCCUGUUGGCUCCCAGGUAACAUGCUGGGAUGGAAACAAGCGUGAGCAGCAGAGCGAUCUCCAGAGACUGCAGGAUCAGUCGCCUCAACGCUUACCCAGCGACAAAGCUCAUUUCCCUGGGAGGACUUGUCAAAGUGGCCCCAGGCUGCAGAACAGCAGAGGGCCUCAGCCAAACAGGACUAAAGGGCCGAGCUACGGUCACAGCAACUCAUCCCUGCCAAUGCAACAAGGCCCCGCUGGGGGCCCUGUCACCAUGGUGACUGCUACGGCCUCGGUUACAGUGGCUGUACACCCGACUUUACCGGGGACAGCUUAUCAAGGCUACAUGCAUGAAGGUUUUGACUUGGACAGCGAGUCAGACUGUUUUGAAGCUGCUAAAAGGACUUGUGGCGACAAAACAAAAUAUUCUUCAUGUAACAGAGACUCUCUAGAGCUCCAAGACUUGGAGGUAACACAGGUCCAGACGGAAUAUCAACUCGGCAAGUCACAAGGUGGGCUGAGGAUCCAGGUAUCUAAAGACUGCUAGAGACUCACUCUUCCUGGCUCUGUCACUUAGAGUCUCUGGAUCCCAGAGCACCUCGACCUCCUCACUGUGUCUCAAACUCUUAACUGUACAUAGACUUCACAUGGGGAAAAAAAGAAGAAAAAAAAAAACAGCAGAGAGGAUUCACAUCAAGAACAUGAAAAAUGAAAUUACUUGUUUUAAGAGUUAUAUAAAUCUAUGAGUAUAUAUAUUUUAAUACUAAAAAGAGGGAAGCUAUUUAAAAGAGUACUGUAUAACUUGGGCAUACUCUUAUGUAAGAUGUAAAAGAUUAUUUUCAUGUGGGGAUGUGGAUUUGUUUUCCGUCCCACUUUGUAUAGAAUAAGAAAUGUUCUAUAUGUUUUCACAAAAAGUGAGAUUUUAUUAAGGUAUUAGAAUAUUGAACAUACAUGGUCAGUGUUUAUUUCUACUUGUGUUAUUUUGUUGUUGUUGUUUUUUUUCUUGCUGCUACAUUUCUGAUUUCUUUUCAGGCAAUUUGCCUCAAUAAGUGCAGUCCCCCCAACCGAUCCCAUACCCCUUCCCUCCUCUACUUUUUCACAGUAUUAUACUACGAAAUACUUCGUCAUAAACAAUCUGUUGGGUCCAAGUUCUUUGUCACAGGUUGCAGGGAAUUACACAGCAGAUACUGUGUCCUAACAGCAGUAACCAUUGUGCCUUCAGUGUGUCCCCCUUUUUCUCAUUAUACCAGCAAUUAAAGGUCAGUAUUAUGUUCUCCGUUUAGGCUCUAAACCUUUUGAAUUGUUUAGCCAUCGUGCUGGAAAGAAACGCUCCUAAUUCCAACGUUGUCUCAACAUCUGCAGUUUUAAUCUACUUGAAGGAGCCCCAAUAACUUAUGUAAAUUUUUUUCAGCAGUUUAUGUAAGCUCGUUUAUGGGUUUUGGGGGGAGUGUUUUAGUCGCAUUGUCAAAAAGGUGUUGUUCGUCUCAUGAAAAAGGGAAUUUUGAAAAUGCGAAGGGAGUUAUUUUAUUUGAUUCUUCCCCCUUUUUGAGUAGCAACAGUGUCAUGUUGUUUUGACUCUGAACUGGUUUCGUCAAUCUUGGUGCCUCGACUCGUUUCGACUCACUUUCUGCUCGUUUUGCUUCCCCUCAGACUGAGAACAAAGCUUCAGUCGUUCAGUAUUGGUCUCGUCACUGCCAGUUUAAACUGCAGGGAUAAACAUGCGGAUCUAUUGUCUUUGUCAUGUUUCAAGUGGCAGCUUCUUCCGUUUUCUUUCUUUUUGUAAAUAUGAAAGUUGAGUCGUUUAGCUACUGCAGUUGGGAAUUAUGAAGCAAAAGCAAGCAAAGCGCCGCUUUCCAGUUCGAGCAGACCUGAUGAGGGAGGGGGUUGAGAGCAAGGGGCUCUUGCGGUGGUUUGUAGUUUAUUUCAAGAAAGAUGUUAAUGUCAUGCCAUAUAAAUUAUUUAUAUUAAAAUUUUUAUUUUUGUAGUUUGUACAGAUGUUAGUAACUAGACCGAAGUUCUAUUUUUAAAGAGUAAAUAUAUAUUAUAUAUAAAUAUAUCUAUUUGUUCCUGAGGUCUUGUUUUAUUGUUUUGUUUGCCUUUUGGGGGAUGGGGGAGGGGAUGACAACACAUUGUGAGAAUGUGUGCGUGUGCAGGUUCCUGUUUGCGUGCGUGUGCAUAUGUGUGAGUGUGUAUGUGUGAAUCAAAGGGGGCAAUUGGAGGACCAUGAAGGAGAAGUUGUGUAGGAAAAAGUGACAUCGUGUUUUUAAGUUUCCUCUUGGCCCUUUCUUCUUCAUUGUCAUUUUUUUAAGAUGUUCAUGUCCAUGUCUGAAACACUGUGAUUUCUGAAAACUAUGCUCAAGAGAACCCAUAUGUGACCGUUAUGUUUCCUCACCUGCUAUAGAAAUUAAACUAACAAAAUAAAUUGAAUGACAAACUGC